AUGUUCGCGCACGACAUGCUGGAGGCCAGCUGCGGCCAGGUGAGCAUCGACGACGUGGAGGGCCCGGUGCUGAGGCUCCUGGUCGCCUACACGUAUACCCUGCAGGCCCCCCAGCUGCCCGACACGGCCGCCCAGCUGCUCUCGGCGGCCGACAAGUACGGCUUGUCGGCCCUGAAGGCUGCCUGCGAGCGGCAGCUGAUCUCGCAGUUGGCCGUCGAGACCGCAGCGGCGACGGCCGUCACGGCAGUGAGGCACUCGUGCCCGGACGCCGCCAGGGCUGCCGUCGCCUUCAUAAAGGACCACCUGCAGGUGAUGGCCACGCGGGGCUGGGCGGACGCUGUGCUCGAGCACCCGCAAGAAGUCAUUGAAGUCUGCAGUAUGCUCGGUGAGCCACCUGCAGAAGCCAGCUCGCCGACCGCCACAGGGGGCGGGUCCACCCCCAACUCUGACUGUCAACCCCACAGCGGCCACAGCCAGACUCCUACUGCAGCUGCGCCUCCCACGUCUGCCCGACACACCCCUCCACCCAAUGACGCAGCCGUCCGUCGCUUCCGGUGA